AUGCCAAUACUGGAGCAGAUGAAGAUGGAGAAGGCUUCUCUCCUAUCCGAAAAUCAUGAUCGAAGCCGACUCUGGAAUGCUUUACGAAGCCCGAAAUCCGAAGAGCAGCGACAGACAAGACAGCUCUGCUUUCUUGCCGCGAACGUAACCUUUCUCGUCAUCUCCAUCCUGGUCAAUAUCACUACGUGGAGUCGGAGCGUACACUCGAAAUGCAUCACACCGACCGAUACGACAGAUGCGCACAAGGCAAUUGAGUACGAGAGCAGGACGUUCACUGGAGCCUUGGUAUAUGAUCCGGAGAAGAAGGUUGCAUUUAGGAAGCCGGAUGGUGAGAGGGAAUAUUUCGGUCCACCUAGUAAAGAGAUUGUGGGUCAAUGCCGAGAAACUCUGAAUUCGACAGACUGACUGGAAGAUGUAGGACGAUGCGUGGCAUGAGCUCCUGCAUGGCGAAUUUCCUGUCAUGACAGACGAGGAAGCGGCGCCUUUCCGACCAGACUUGACAACGAUUCCUAGUACUGGAAGGUAUCAUUUCGAGUAAGCCUUGCUUUUCUCCCUUCAACUCCCACAACUGGCAGAGAGCCUGACGUUGGACAGACCCGACAUGUUCCACACCCUCCACUGCGUCAACGCCCUCCGCCUCGAAGUCUCCAAGUCUCUCUACAACGUCUCCACCAGCCAUCACCACGGUGACGUCAAAGGUAUCAGUUUCCCUGACGGCUGGGACGUCGUGCACAUGGAACAUUGCAUGGAUCGGAUCCGCCAGAGCAUCAUGUGCCAUGGAGACCUGACGCCCAGUCCCUUGUAUUUCUGGCCUGGAUUCAAGAUUGCUCUGGGGCGGACGGGAGCGCAUACCUGUAGGAAGUGGCAGCCGAUUCGGGAGUGGAUGGACCGGAGAGGGGAACAAGGGCCUUUGUUGAGUCCGGUAUAA